AUGGACUUUAACGUAAGUUUUUACUUUUUUUAUCUGAAUUUUAGGUGUUUUUUGAGUGCAAUGUUGUUUGACUGGUGAAUAUGUUGAGAAACUUGAUUUACCCUGGUGCUUUGUAUAAUAUGGAUAUUACUAGUACUAAAAGUCUUGUAGAUCAGAAAUCCUUAGUUUUAUUGAAUAUUUGGGAGGGAAAAAGACUAAAUCUUAUAUUAUCCUGGCUGCAAAACGUUUUUUUUGUUGAUGGGCGUGGAUUCAAAGAUGAAUCUUAAUGAUUUUAUGUUUAAAAGUUAAUUAUUUUACUAGGUAUUAUUGUUAAAACGUAAACAGUUUUUAAAAUUUGGUUUAUUUAGCUUUUGUGAACAAAAGUUGUUGUUUAUACCUAAAAUUAAGUCAUUAUUUGUAAUUUUUUAUUUUUUUAGGAGGUUAUUAACCUCGAGGACCUUGACGCUACUCUGGAAAUGGAGAAUAUUGACAUUAUCGUUGAUCCUAUCUUUAAUCGAUCAGAUAUUGUCAGCGGGAAUCUUGGAAAUGCUGCCUCAAACUUCCGUGGUCAAGUAAGUUAAUUAUAUUUUUCGAUGUUUAGGUCAAAAAUGUGUUUGAGAACAAGAAUAUGUUCGGUGUUGAUGCUGAUAUGGAUUCAAAAAAGUUUUAAAUAUUUUAAUUUGAGAUUUUUUUAGAAAUUAGUGAAUUCUGACGAUUGCGACGAGACCAUGGAUUACGAAGCUGUCGUGGCUACAGCAACAUGUUCGCGUGACUAUACUCACUCAUGGUUGAAAGGUCCUUCGGUUUUAAAACGACCGGUAGGUUGAUUUUGAGUUGUAUUUUUGUAAAAUUUAGAAAAAUGUAGCUGUACAGACUUGAUUUCCUGCUGAUGUGAAACGGCAUGUUAUCCUUCGUCAUUGCUUUGUUUAUCUAAAAUUACAUAAACUUUUGUUUUAAAUAUAAUUUAACUGUUUUAUUUUAGAUGUUUAAGAACCUCAAGGAGCGUGAGACAGAUUCAGAACUCGACCGUGUUGAGUUGUCGACGAAUAGUUUGGAUCAGUUUAGUUUCAAUCAGUCUUUGGGGGCGAAUUCUUCUUUUAACGCUUCAAAAGUAAGGUUUCUUAAGAUUAAAUAAGGUUUUUGUCUGUAUUUCCUCCUGGGCUUUGCCGAUGUUUCUUCAUGAGCAAUAAUUUUAUGGUACUAUAGAGUAGAGGUAGUAUUUUAUGGUAGGAUCAGGUAUGUAAUGGUUUUAGAUUUAUAAAAAAAAUAACAAUUUUUUACUAUAUCAGGAAUUUUCAUCACCGUCAGACGCGGUUUUCGAGCUCAAUCGCCAGUUGAUGGAGGAAUUGAGGUACCAAAAGAUGGAGAAGUGUGUCAAUCAAGAUCUACUGAAGCAGAUGAGGAAAGAACGCCUUUCCACAGCUUUGACUCAAGAUGCCAAGUUCUUCAAGGACAAGAAGGUUUAUCUCACGGUGACACACGUAGCUUCUUCGAAAAGGGUGAGUUAGUAUUAUAGUUGAAGUUGUCUUUGGUUUUGUGAUGUUGUUUAGGGUUUUUGAGAACGAUUUACUUUAUAAUUUAUAUUAGGCUAGUGUACUUAUAGUUUUAGUUUGGGUUUUUACUAUUGACAUCCUUUUUUAGGUAUUAUGCAAGCAAGUUCUGUUGUCUGGUGUCCUGGAUGAACGGAGAAAAACAAUUUUGCGCUUCUACAGUGAUUCAAAAGAAGUCUAUCGUGCGUAUUGUGACAGGCGUUUAUGGAGUGGCCUGAGGAAAGAUGCCAGGACAAUGAAGUUGAUUUUUACUCACGAGGGCAAGAGAGGCGAAAGAAACUUCGUGGAGGUACAGUUCGAGGAUAAACAGAUCUUCGACAGAGUUUACUGCGAUGUUAAAAAUGUAAGUUUUUUUUUGUGUUAGGAAGGGGUUUAUGGUAUUGUGGAGCGGAGUGUCAAUUUAAACUUUUGGAAGUGAAAUCUUUCGUUGCGGGACCUAAACUGAUGCUCUGGGGCCUUGAUUCCCCGUCUGUUGGGCAUGUGCCGGCCCUUUUACUUUGUCUUAACCCGGUGCUGGACCUAGUGGGCCUCCUUCCAGAUCUAGUUCAGUAAGAGUUUUAUAUUGAUUACUUCUAUUCCUAGAUGGUUACAUACCAGGGACGUUGA